AUGCAACAAAAUGAUUUUAAAGAUUUCACUCCAGUAGAGAAAGCACUGAUAAGGAAUACGAAAAUGAAAAUCACAGAAGGUAUGUGGAUGAAAGUGACUAGUGAUGAUCCCACAAACGUAUAUUUGAGGAGCAGUCAUAACAUACUGAGACCAUGGAGUAUUUUUCAAAUAUACGGGAGAAAAAUAAACUUAGCUUCAUUGUGCAACUUGCCAGAAAUUUACACAGAAGUCAUACCUAUCUCAGAAGAGAAGAAGAAAGACUUAAUUGAUAUGUGCGAUUAUUUGCCACAAGAAAAAAAACAAUUUUAUCAGGACUUACUAAACUUUUGA